AUGGAUUUACUAAAAAUAUUGGACACUAAACCAAUACCCUCAAUCGCCGACGCUAGAACAUUAGGCGUUACAGGAAACACCUCUGGUGAUUAUUGGCUCCCCACAACAAUGUGUCUUUAUCAAAAAGAACUUACCGAUCAGAUAGUUUCCUUACAUUAUUCAGAUAUCUUGAGAUAUUUUGAAACUCAGGAUUAUAAGGAGGAUGUUGUGUUGGAAUCUAUGAGAACGAUGUGUCAAAAUAGUGAAUACGUUUCCACACAUCCAUAUUUAUUGAUUAAUCAUUUUAUGCCUAAAUCGCUUAUUACAAAGGAUAUUCCCUUAAAUUUGGCCGAUACAAGUGGGAAGUUUGCUAUUUUAAGAGAUCUUAUUAACCUUGUGCAAGAAUAUGAGACUAAUACGGCUAUUGUUUGUAAAGCUGGUCGGACCAUGGAUUUGUUGGAAGCGUUAUUAUUAGGCAAUAAAGUAAAUAUCAAAAGAUAUGAUGGCCAAUCUAUAAAGACAAAAAACAAAGUAAGGAAUUACUCAUGUAGUUGUCAUCUCUUUCCCUCGGAUGACUGGGAUGUCUCAAAAUUUCCAAUCAAAGGCCCAAACCAGUUUGACAUGUUAAUAUGCCUUGAUAAUACUUUUGACAAAACUAAAGAAGACAUGCAAAAAAUAUUAAAACAUUGCAGGAAUAAAAGGAAGAUUGAUGAUCGACCCCCAAUUGUGAGAUUAAUAACUAUUAAUUCUAUUGAUCAUUGUAAACUUUUUUUUGGGAAACAAUUUCAGCCAACGAGCCGUCAAUAUUUAGAAAAGAUAACGGCCGCAGUGGUGGUUCUUAGGGAUAGAGUAGGUACAUUACCUCCCGAUCUACGGCCCAUUUAUGCUCAAAAGCUGACUUAUCUUUUGGAUUGGUUGGAGAAUCCCAGUAUUCCUUGGCCACUGCCAGAUAUUUAUCCGAUCAAAAAUUAUAACUCUAUGGAUGUGGAGAGAUCAUUACUUACUGAAGUGCAUUAUAGUAAAAGAGAAAAUAAGCUUGAAGAGGCGUUCCAAGCCAAAAAACGUGGACGUCCUAAACUAGAUCAUGGCGCCACUGACAGUGUCAAGAAAACGUCGUUCUACAUAUCAAAAAGAUUAAAAAAUGAUUAUUCAACCAACCCAUUAAAACAAGAUAUGUCACAAUUAACAGGUAUUAGUACCGGAAAUGAAUCUUCUGAUCUAGACUACCAUUUAUCAAGUGGAAUUAUCACACAUAAGCUUUUGCAAUCUAUCGGAGAAGCAUAUGACGAAAAUGAUGCUCAAAUAAAAGAACUAAUGGAUUUUCAAGAGUUAGAUCCAGUUGAGGGGGACCAUGUUAUCUUUUACCAAGCUGAGAAGGUGAAAGUCUCAGAAAAGUUAGAAGUUUCCAACAAAAAUAUUACAGACGAUACUAAUAAGAUUAAAGAUAUGGAACUUGCAAAUCUUGAAAAGUACGAAAAGACACAGCAAUUAAAUCUGAAUAUUGUAAAAUAUCUAGAGACACUGGCGAAUAAGGAAGGGAAGCUACUUGAUAUGAAAGUUUUAUUUAGUAAAUCAAGAACCUUACAGGAGGAUAUAGAGAGGGAGGAACGUCUUAAUAGCUCAAGAGACACUGAAAAUGAAUAUAUGCGUAAGGAAAUAGAGAAGGUAUCUGUGUCUCUAAAGGAGACUGCACAAGAAAUUGAGAAGGUUCAAGAAGGGAGCGCAGAAGUGGAAACCUCACUUCAAGCAUUGUUAGAAGCGACUGGCACCCAAAAGGUUGAUGUGCUAAGUAAUAUCACUGCUUUUGAAGAGAACAUCGAAAUCCAAAAAAUUGAGUAUCAAAAUUUAAAAUCAGAGUUAUCCGAACUACUGACUAGAUUAGGCAAACUACCGACGCAUCGAGUGCGAACAGGUAAUAACAAUCAGGGUUUAAGUAGAAGACAUAAUAAAUAG